CAGAUUCAGAAGCGAAGAAGGUCACAAUGAGUUCUUCGAGCACUCGAGAUCUUCAGCGCGAAUUGGAGACCAAAGCCAACGAUCUUAGCAAGCUUCAAAAGGAUAUUGCAAAGAAUCAUCAACUGAGAAAAAAGUACACGGUCCAGCUUGGCGAGAAUGAGCUCGUCCUUAAAGAAUUGGAUUUAUUGAAAGAAGACGCAAAUGUUUACAAGUUGAUUGGCCCAGUACUUGUUAAGCAAGAUUUGGCUGAGGCCAAUGCAAAUGUCCGCAAGAGAAUCGAAUACAUCUCUGCUGAAUUGAAGCGUCUUGAUGCCACUGUUCAAGAUUUGGAAGAGAAGCAGAAUAGCAAGAAAGACAUGAUUCUAAAAUUGCAACAAAGGAUUCAGUCUCUUCAGGCUGGUAAAGGCAAGGCAUAGUUUUCCCUGACAAAUUGUUUCAGCAUUAUAAUUUUAAGGGGCUCCUAAGGUUGCAUGUACAUUGUGCCUCUUGUUUUGAACUGAAGUUGACUGUUAAGAGAGGUGUGUUCUUGGAAUCCGUUUGUAGUAGUAGACUGAUAAAAUAGCUGUUGUUGUUGUUGGCUCAUUUUCUUCGUUCUCUCUUUCUGCUGUCUUCUCUAGUUUUAGCCAAACCAACUUUUUCUAGAAAAUUUUCAAUCAACUGAAGCUAAAUAAAAGUAAAGACCAA